AUGGCGGGAGGGAGGGCGGGAGGGCGGGAGGCCCCGCCCACCCGCCGCCGGAGCGGGCGCCCAUUGGCCGGCGGGCCCGCCGGAGCGGGCGCCCAUUGGCCGGGGCGCCGGGAGGGGGCGCGCGCCCAUUGGCCGGCCGGGAGGCGUUGGGGGGGGGGCCCCUUCGGCCCGCGCGGGGGGCCGGGGGUGGGGACCGUCGGCGCGGGGCCUGUGCGGGCCGCUGCGAGGGAGCCAGCCCACCCCCCGCCGCCAGGGAGAGCCCCGCGCCACCAGAGGGCGCCAUCCCACCCACCCCCGCCGCCAGGGAGAGCCAUCCCGCCCCGCGCCACCAGGGGGCGCCAUCCCGCCCCCCCGCCGCUAGAGGGAGCCAUCCCGCCCCGGGAAGCCAUCCCGCCCCCCGCCGCCAGAGGGAGCCAUCCCGCUCCCCCCCCCCCACCGCCAGAGGGAGCUAUCCCGCUCCCACUGCCGCCAGGGGAAGCCAUCCCGCCCCCUGCCGCCAGAGGGCGCCAUUCCACUCCCCCGCCCUCCCGCCGCCAGAGGGAGCCAUCCUGCUCCCCCCCACACCGCCAGAGGGAGCUAUUCCGCUCCCACUGCCGCCAGUGGAAGCCAUCCCGCCCCCUGCCGCCAGAGGGAGCCAUUCCGCUCCCCCCCGCCCCCCCCCACCGCCAGGGGAAGCCAUCCCGCCCCCCGCCGCCAGAGGGAGCCAUCCCGCUCCCCCCCCCCCCACCGCCAGAGGGAGCCAUCCCGCUCCCACCAACGCCAGGGGAAGCCAUCCCGCCCCCUGCCGCCAGAGGGAGCCAUUCCGCUCCCCCCGCCCCCCUGCCACCAGAGGGAGCCAUUCCGCUCCCCCCCUGCCCCCCCCCCGCCGCCAGGGGAAGCCAUCCCGCCCCCCGCCUCCAGAGGGAGCCAUCCCGCUCCCCCCCACCGCCAGAGGGAGCCAUCCCGCUCCCACCGCCGCCAGGGGAAGCCAUCCCGCCCCCUGCCGCCAGAGGGAGCCAUCCCGCUCCCACCGCCGCCAGGGGAAGCCAUCCCGCCCCCUGCCGCCAGAGGGAGCCAUCUCGCUCCCCCCCCCCACGGCCAGAGGGAGCCAUCCCGCUCCCACCGCCGCCAGGGGAAGCCAUCCCGCCCCCUGCCGCCAGAGGGAGCCAUUCCGCUCCCCCCGCCCCCCCCGCCGCCAGGGGAAGCCAUCCCGCCCCCCGCCUCCAGAGGGAGCCAUCCCGCUCCCACCGCCGCCAGAGGGAGCCAUUCCGCUCCCCCCUCCCGCCGCCAGGGAGCGCCAUCCCGCCCCCCCACCUCCAGAGGGCGCCAUCCCACCCCUCCCGCCUCCAGAGGGAGCCAUCCCUCCCCCCCGCCGCCAGAGGGAGCCAUCCCGCUCCCCCGCCCGCCCCCAGGGGGCGCCAUUCCGCCCCGCGCCACCAGGGGGCGCCACCCCGCGCCUCAAGCCGCCCCACCAUUCACUCAUUCAAAUAG